CCUGUGCAAGAACAUGAAGCACCUGUGGUUCUUCCUCCUCCUGGUGGCAGCUCCCAGAUGGGUCCUGUCCCAGCUGCAGCUGCAGGAGUCGGGCCCAGGAGUGGUGAAGCCUUCGGAGACCCUGUCCCUCACCUGCGCUGUCUCUGGUGGCUCCAUCAGCAGUUACUGGUGGGGCUGGAUCCGCCAGCCCCCAGGGAAGGGGCUGGAGUGGAUUGGGAGUAUCUAUGGUAGUGGUGGGAGCAACUACCUUAACCCGUCCCUCAAGAGUCGAGUCACCCUGUCAGUAGACACGUCCAAGAACCAGUUCUCCCUGAAGCUGAGCUCUGUGACCGCCGCGGACACGGCCGUGUAUUACUGUGCGAGAGACACAGUGAGGGGAGGUGAGUGUGAGCCCAGACACAAACCUCCCUGCAGGGAGGCGGAGGGGGCGGGCGCAGGUGCCGCUCAGGACCAGCAGGGGGCGCGCGGGGCUCACGGAAUACUAGGCCGGCUAAGGAGCUGGGAUAUAACUAAUGGACAACGAGUACCAGCUGGAUGGAAACUGACCACUGACCAUCUUCUGCUGUCUCGUUAUUAUAUCACAGAAAACCACACCAACAUCACUCUAUGUCUCCAACUUUCUAAAUUUGCACUGAAUCUAUUGCUAAAUGAGGAGCUACAUGGGGUCUGCGUUUUGUUACCUUCUUCCCAGUCUUCCCCAAUUACCAAGGGCAGAAGAUACUUUCAGCGAAAUUUGGCUGUCAAUGCCCUCAACACCACAUCACUUUUUAAGGUCCAAGGACUUUAUUUGGGGGACUAG